CAGGGAGUUGCAGAUUGAUUACCCGAGUACCUAUAGUUUUGAUGACAUUUUACGCCUUAUCAAGUGGCUUGGUAUAGUGGACAACUGCAUCAGAUUCGACAUGGAUCUCGUGCUGAAUGUCGCCGACCACUAUGUCCUCACCCCCUACGUGUACCCGUCGUCGUGGCCUGAAGACGGGGCGCUGCGCCAGAUCAUCAGCCUGUUGGUAGUCACCAACCUGGGAGCCGCGGUCCUCUACCUGGGCCUGGGGUGGCUGAGCUACCACUUCAUCUUUGACCACAACCUCAUGAAACAUCCACAGUUUCUAAAGAUCAUUGUUGGUCCUCAGAACCAGGUGCGGCGGGAGGUCAAAUACGCCAUGACCUCGCUACCCAUAAUCAGUGUACCCACUGUGGCGUUAUUUUUUCUUGAGGUCAGAGGAUACAGCAAGCUCUAUGACAACGUCGAAGAAUCUCCCAUGGGCUGGCCCUUUGUGCUUCUCAGCAUGAUUUCCUUCCUGUUAUUCACUGACGGGUGCAUCUAUUGGAUUCAUCGGUUUCUUCACCAUAAGAGUAUUUACAAGCACUUCCACAAGCCGCAUCAUGUGUGGAAGAUCCCCACCCCGUUUGCCAGCCACGCCUUCCACCCGCUUGAUGGCUUCCUGCAGGGUCUGCCCUACCACAUCUACCCCUUCCUCUUCCCUCUGCACAAGGUGCUGUACCUGGCCCUCUACAUCUUCGUCAACAUCUGGACUGUGUCCAUCCACGACGGCGACUACCGCGUGCCCAGACCGCUGCAGGAGGUGGUCAACGGGGCAGCCCACCACACGGACCACCACCUCUUCUUCGACGUCAACUAUGGCCAGUACUUUACCCUUUGGGACCGCAUUGGCGGGUCUUACCGCAACCCCUCGGUACUCGAAGGGAAGGGCCCCCUCGACUGCAUUCGUCGACUGACUGCCGAGGGGAAGAUGAGCACUAAUGGGGCUAAUGCUAAUGCCAAUGGGCACACGAAUGGGCAUGCUAACGAAAGCAGUACAAAGAGUAAGGAGGAGUAGUUGGUACAUGUGGUCUAGUGUCAUGAUGAAUGAGUUCUUAGUUGAUAAAGCUAAGCUAGGUGUCAUUUAUAAGGAAUAGCUCACAUACUGCUUCACACAUUGGUUGUUUUCAUUCAUUAUCCCAUUGAAAAUAAUCAAUCUACAGUUGCUUACCUUUAAUUGUCCCUUUAUAAUUUUUUAUUGUUUUUCAAUGCUAGGGAAAGGGAGGAGGCAAGAAUGUCUUGACAUUUAACUGAAAAGCACUGAUAUACUGAAUAUGUGGGUGAUAAAAUUGAUUGGAACUUAA